CCCAGCUCUCCGUCCAUUCCUCCAGAUGCUGACAAGCUGUUUGAGCACGACCUGGGUGCUCUGAACAAGGCKGCUCUGAACAGGAAGGUYGAGAGGGCAGGUCUGCUGAGGAACCUGGGCCCCUGCUGUAAGGCCCUCUGUGCCCGUAGGGACAUGGCCAUCAGACGGCAGCUCCUCAAGAACCAAAAGGGCCUGACCAAGCAGAUGUACCCCAGUGUUCCUGUGGUGGACAGCGAGCUCUUCCAACUCAGCAUGCGUCUCUUCAAGAAGACUGUAGCCGCCGCCAGAAGCAACCAGCCCCCGUUGGGGCCCCCAGCAGGCCCAGAGAAGGCCGACAAGGGGCCACCGGGGCUGGUACCGGCAGCUUCACCGGUAGCCAAGCCCGGUACACCACAGCCCCCCGAGAUGUGUGUCUCCUGAGAGCGUGCAGGGCUUAUGAGUAAAAACAAACGCUGCAUGAUGAAACUGACCUAUGAUCAGAAAUUGAAUCAGCUCUGACUACUAAGCCUGCUCUGAGUCCCUGCCCCCUAACUCUAAACCCCGCCCCCUAACGCUAAACCCCGCCCCCCUGCUAUAGCCUUUUUAAUCACAUGGAAAAAUCUAACAAAACGCUGAAACUCUUGUCAGUCAGCAGUGCUGUCAUUAUGGAAGACUGAUCUGAUCCGCAAGUACUGUACUGCUUCUACCAUAGAGACUAUUGGAGAUACUAGCCUAUGGAGGGAUUGAUAGAGGCCUUGUACAAUGUACUGUACCUUGAACUAGAAAUGAAAAUGCUACAGGAAAGACAUGCAUUUUCCCGAAUAACACAGUUGUUGUUUUUGUGCGAUUGGAUAUUUGUUGUCAGGGGGGUGAUUACUUCUCCCUUUCAUAAUGAAGUUGCUAUAUGUUUUUUGUUUCUUUUGUUGUGCAUUGGUUUUGAAGACUGCAUUAAAGUGGUUAGUUGUUCAUUUGUAA